UAUAUAUGUAUACAUAUAGCCCAACUCUGUUUCUACCUCUAUUCUUGUCCAUCUGUAGUCUAGCUUCGUCUAACGUGGCUCGUUCCAGAGACGACUCGUCAUUGCUGUACAUCUGGUAGAGAGAAAGAGAGAGAGAGAGAGAGGAAGAGAAAGGGAAAGAGAGAAAUAGAUAGAGAAGAGCAGCCAAUCGCACGGACCAGGAUUAGGGAAUAGAAUAGUCAUUAUCGGUGUAUAUAUCCAAGCACUCGGUCCGUUCCAAGUUCGCUUCGACCGUCCUGGCCGCACGCACGCUCCCCGUCCCGUACUGCCCCCGCCCCCAACGAAUCGCGCCCUCUCUUUCUCCCUUAAACUUUCUCUCUCUCUCUGUCUCUCUCUUUGUCGCGUUCUCGCGCGUUCUCUCUACUCUCCUCCGUCGGUCGCGUUUCGGCUGGUGCGAAACGUCGUGGUGGCCGGCCAGAGUAAAGGCAAGCGUGUGUGCUGUGAGUUGUCGAUCGAAAACACCUAACUUGCCCCUUUUCGUUUCACCGAUCGACAGCACGUACACGACCAAGACGACGACGACGACGACGACUACGACGACACGUUGUGUGGUGAAAUACGUUCACUGAUUUUUAAUCCAAACCCAUCGUCAUCAGAACGAUUAUCCUUUGGACGAUACACUUUGAGGAUUCUUUUUUCACUGGAUUAACAAUAAGAAGAAGAAGAGGAUUUUUGACGUUUCAUCGGUUCCUUUACUGCCGAUUACGGCAAACUCUGGGAACAUCGAGAGAAGAAGAAGAAGAAGAAGAAGAGGAAGAAGAAGAAGAGGAGGAGGAGAGGGGGAGUCGUGCUGGGGGCCGAGGGGGUGGUGAUGUGGCCGAAUAGCCUCGGCGGGACUUCCGGUUGCAGUGGAGGUGCCGGCAGCGCCGAUCUCGGAGGCCUCGCUGCCUCCACCACCUCGGCCUCCGAAUUAUUUGGCCCUGGUGCAUUUGGUACUUCAGCGGCUGGGCCUUACGGUGCCCUUAAAACCAACCCUUACGUUAGUGCUCUGGGUAUGCCACCUAUCGAGGCCCUUCAUUCGACCAUCGGCUAUCCGGCUUGUACACCCGCCGGUGAGUCAUACUACUGUAAUCCCAGGAAACAACGGAGAGAACGAACGACAUUUACGAGAGCACAGCUCGAUAUCCUUGAAGGACUAUUCUCCAAAACGAAGUAUCCUGACAUUUUUAUGCGCGAAGAAGUUGCGAUGAAGAUCAAUUUACCGGAAUCUAGAGUCCAAGUUUGGUUUAAAAAUCGACGUGCCAAAUGUAGACAACAACAAAAACAACAAGAACAGCAACAAGAUAAGGCACCUAGAUCGAAGAAACCUUCGGGAAAUCCUACGAGUAAUCCACCUCCUGGAAAGAGUCCUUCGAUCGCUACCACACCCACGCCAGCUGCGGCUGUACCAGCUACAACUCCCCUUGGAGGAACUGGAGGAUCUGCAGCUAGUUCGCCAGCCCUUUUAAGGGACUCACCUCAAUAUAAACCUGCUGGACCUGCCACUAGUUUACUUUUGGCUGCAAAUACAACGCCUCCUAGCUUGAGUGGUACGGUGUAUAGUAGCGGUGGAAGUAGCAGCAGUAUUUGGAGUCCUGCAGUAACGGAAAAUGGUGGAUUUACGGGUGAUCAUCAGAGGUUAGCGUGGACAACAACAGCGUCUCAACAGCAAUGCUAUCAAAAUUAUUCUUCUUAUUAUACAAACAUGGAAUAUUUGUCACCUGCAUCGCAUCAAUUGAACGUUGUGGACGGAGGUGGAAGUGGAUUGGACAAUACGUGGAGCAAAACAAGAGACGAGAGCGCAUCUUCAUGGUUUUACAAUACCGCUGGCUGGGGUGACCGAAAGUGAACAUUAAGAGGAAAAUAAAUUAAAGAAAUAAAAAAAACAAAAAAAAAAGUAAGAAAAAACCAUGGCGUCCUUCGAGAAUUUCAACGGCCGGGUACAUAUCAUCGACAAUAUAUAGGGGAACGUCUUACUUUCGAAAUUAAUUCUAAUAAUUAAAAAAAAAAGAAACAAAUACGUGAGAGCAACGACGAUGACCUAAAAUUGGAACAAAAAGAAAAUAUUUUUCUUGACGAUGAAUCGACGUUGUCAUUGUCGUCAUCGUCGUCGUCGUUGCCGAUUCGUCACGUUUAUAACAAUUCUAUCGAAAACAUAUCGAUCGUACGCGAACUUCAUCGAUUAUUAUUAUUAUGAUUAUUAUUAUUAUUAUUAUUAUUAUUAUUAUAUUAUUAAUGAUUAUGCUGCUAACUUACGCGGGAAUCGAGUUUAUUAUUUCAGGGCUAUGGUCGUGUACGUAUACUUAGGAUAACAUAGCUAUCAAGUUAGGUUUACGAAUGCGAAUACUCAGAGAGAACGUGUGUUAUAAGUAUGCGUAUGUAUUUAUACAUACGUGUAUUAUUCGCUUCGAAUCAUAAGUCUUAUUAAUUUUCACAUUAAAUCGGUUCUCAAAGUGCUGCUAGUCAUUACGAAUAUGAGUAAAUAUGUAUAAAUGCCAAACGAAGGUGAGAUUAAAUUUAGAUUCUAUUGUAUCGUUUUCGAUUGAUCGAAACAAACGUGUACAAUCGAACCUCGUAUAAUACACGGUACACCGUAAAACGUAAUACGAGUUAUAAGAAGCUCAGAAUCGUACUGUACGUAGGGGGAACAAAAUUUUAUAGGGGGUUUGAUGGUAUAGACAAAAAAAUUUGAUGUUCAUUUCGCGAUCAAAAGAAUGAAUAAGAAACUAACCAAUCCUAGGGACUCACCAGUUUAAUUCUUCUUCCUUUUUUCGCAAACUCCUUUAUCACGUGACUCUCUCAUCCAAAAACCUGCAAAUAUAUAAACAAGAAAAAAUAAGAAACAUUAUAGAUCAACGAAUUCGUUCAACGUGCAUGAUUCAUUUGCAAAAUUGGAAAUGACAACGAUUCUAUCAAAUUCCAAAAUGAAAAUGUUUAUUUUUUGUUUUCAAGACUAAUAUGUAUAUAUUAUUAUAAAUAGUACGAGAUUCUCGAGAUGAUACUCAGAAGGAAUUAAUUAAAACUACAAUAAUUAGUUCGUGUAACGAAUUGAACAAGUGCUGAAGUGAAGGAAAAAUCAAAUUGAAAACAGCCUUCACGUUUUCUUCACGAAUAUUUGCAACUUGCUAACGAGUGUGUGAGAGAAUGAAUGAGAUAGAGCAAAAAUUGUUUUUGAAAGGGGGAUAAUCACAUUUGAAAUAUGUUUCAAAGCAAAGUAUCGAUUGAACUCCAUCUUAAGUGUACAUAUGAAAUUAUACAUAAGGAUAUACAUCGAAUAUCUAUGUAAAUAUGUAUUAUUUUGCAGGUCAAACGCUAUCCAAACGAAUACUAUUUAAGUGAACAAGAAGAAAGAAAGAAAAGAAUAAGAGAGUUAGGAUUUGAACAUUUCAAUAAUUUCAUCUCUAAACGAGUUAAAUAGCAUACAAAUUGAUAAAUACAAUUUCUUCUUCUUCUUCUUCUUCUUCUUCUUCUUCUUCCUCCUAUUCUGCAUUGAUGUUCAUAAAAUUUCAGAUAUGUACAUUUUUCUUGGACGUAAUUGGUGAGGAUCGAGGAGAACGUAUUUAUUAUUUUUGACAAUCAUUAUUAUCGUAAUACUGUCGUAAGUAUUCGAUAUAAAUUACACGUCCAAAUCUCUUCGGUGAUUUUUUAUUUUAUUUUUUUCAUAAUUUUUAUGUUAAAUCAAAAUUAUCUUUUCUUUUUCAGAUCAACGUUCCACGAUAAAGAUCCUCCUCUAGUCCAUUAUGUACCACAUUUAAUUUUUCGCUCCUUUUCAUUUUGCAGAUUAAUUUUAUUUCAUGUUGAUAAUUUUGUGACUUACGAUAAAUUUUCCAAUUAGAUAAUAUCAUGAAUUGAUAAACUUAUCAUCGGUUGGUAAGAAAAUUCGUUUUUUUUUCGAAUGAUAAAGAAGUAUCUUUACAAAACAUGAUGUACGACAAAAAACCUCGAUGAUUUUCACGACACGUGCAAAUCAAUUUUUAAUGUAAGCUAGCAGAAAUUGAGG